GUGCAGCUGCCGCAGGCUUAGUCUCUGUGAAAAAGAUCUUAUCCCAUUGUGCUGCAAGGGUAAAAAUGUAAAGGCUAGUUAAUUGAAUUCUGGGUUUAAUUACAAAUAAAUCAGAUUUUAUUAAGAUUGCUAAGGAGACCAGGUUUGUCUUGGAAGAAAAAUAUAAUUAAAGAAGAGAGGUGAUCUGCUCUUUAUUUGAAAAAUUACAAAUUUCGGAAAUAUGGAUUCAUUUGCAAUGGAGUGCAUGCAAUUCUCAGAGAAGAUGGAGCAUGGCAGGCCCGUCAAGAAGCACCACAAUGUGGAACACAGGAGGAACCAUUCCAAUUCAAAGCUUCUAAGCUAGGAAAUCCGUCCACAGCAGGGACAAGAGCUCAGGACUGUUCCAGUGACAGCUAAACAAGAUAACUGAAUACGAGCUAGAGAGCAGGUUCUUCACGUGAGACUCCUGAGGACAACAGUCACAAAGGAUGAGUGAACUGGAACAGUUGAGGCAGGAGGCUGAGCAGCUGCGGAAUCAGAUCCAGGAUGCCAGGAAGGCCUGCAACGAUGCCACGCUGGUUCAGAUCACGUCUAAUAUGGACUCCGUGGGCCGAAUACAAAUGCGAACCAGGCGCACGCUCCGCGGCCACCUCGCCAAGAUCUACGCCAUGCAUUGGGGCUAUGAUUCCAGGCUACUAGUCAGUGCGUCCCAAGAUGGAAAAUUAAUUAUUUGGGAUAGCUAUACGACAAAUAAGAUGCAUGCCAUUCCGCUGCGGUCCUCCUGGGUGAUGACUUGUGCCUAUGCCCCAUCUGGGAACUAUGUUGCCUGUGGAGGCUUGGACAACAUCUGCUCCAUAUACAACCUGAAGACUCGAGAGGGGAAUGUGCGGGUGAGCAGAGAACUGCCAGGGCACACAGGCUACUUGUCCUGCUGCCGAUUCUUAGAUGAUGGACAAAUCAUUACCAGCUCAGGAGACACGACGUGUGCAUUGUGGGACAUCGAGACGGGGCAGCAGACUACGACCUUCGCAGGACACUCGGGUGAUGUGAUGAGUCUCUCACUGAGUCCUGACUUGAAGACCUUUGUUUCUGGUGCUUGUGACGCGUCUUCAAAACUGUGGGAUGUCCGAGAUGGGAUGUGUAGACAGUCUUUCACGGGACAUAUCUCAGACAUCAAUGCUGUCAGCUUCUUCCCAAGUGGAUAUGCCUUUGCCACUGGCUCUGAUGAUGCCACUUGCCGGCUCUUUGACCUCCGUGCAGACCAAGAGCUACUGUUGUAUUCUCAUGACAAUAUCAUCUGCGGCAUCACUUCUGUGGCCUUCUCAAAGAGUGGGCGCCUCCUGCUAGCCGGCUAUGAUGACUUCAACUGCAGUGUGUGGGAUGCGCUGAAAGGAGGUCGGGCAGGUGUCCUUGCUGGUCAUGACAACCGUGUUAGCUGCUUAGGUGUCACUGAUGAUGGCAUGGCUGUGGCCACCGGCUCCUGGGACAGUUUUCUUAGAAUCUGGAAUUAACAGUGUCAUUUUUUUGUUCUCCAAUGGUUAUUUGGAGAAAUCCAUGCUACAGCCUAUAGCUAUGAGAAGAACUCUACCUUCUAUUUGCGGAUGAAGAUGUUUCUAUUGAAAUGACGACAUACGAAAAGAAGCUUUCAAUAAACUACAACCAAAUGGUGUAAAAGGAACAAUCAAGAUGAAGGUCCCUUGUUGAGGUCGAAGGGCCGGGGUGUUAGCUGAGCAGUUGUGUUGACUUUAACCCCGACAGACUCGCUUGUGCUGGUUUUCUGUAGAUUAGAAUAGACACUCGUUAGCAGAUGACCAUUGUGUUUGCAUUUUGUCAGGGACUCCCCUUGAACUCUGUCUAUAUGAAAACGUCACAUUUUUAAAGUGUUAUCACGGAAGAGCCAGGACUCAGGAUAGGCAGAAGUGAUAGUGUAGAUAUAUGUGCUGUCUGAAGGAGUCCCCUUGGGUUCUGACGUUGCAUUUUAACGUUAGAGUCCCUGAUGGCUUCAUGACUAGCAGUGCUGAGAGGAUGGUGGCUCUGAGGGAGCCAGUGGCUGACUGACACAGUCUUUGCCAGCUAGGAAUCUAAGUAAGUGCUCCUUUGAGUCUUUGAGGGGGCAGGUGAUGGGAAGGCAGGGGGUAAAAAUUUCACUUUGACACAGGAACACAUUGAAGUGUCAUUACAGUUUAUUAUUAUAUUAAUAACCAGUAGACACUGGCAUGUAAUUUUUGGUAUUCUAAAAGGCUGAGCCCUUUGGACCUUUGGAUCUUGCUGUUAAUUUCACUUUCAGAAACCAAGUGUAUAGAAUAUACUAGUAUUUCCGGUAUGACAAAACCUGACUUGUCCCUGUAUCUGAAGACUUUUGCCCAGUAUUCUCUGUAAUAGGCAGGAAACUGUCUCACCUUUUACAUUCUUGAGAAACGUAAACUCAUCCACGCCACUGGCACUAACUUACAUGUAGUAAGAUGGCUUCAUGAAUUCAGUGUUGUGUCAAAUCUGUUGCUUUUAUCUGUAGUAAGUGUACCCUUAAACUUCUGCUUUCCCAUUGGUGGUGCUGCAGAAGGAAUCCAGGGCCUGGUGCCCGCCAGGCAACUGCUCUGCAUCCCCAGCUCCUCUGAUGGACAAGUUCUGCUGCCGUGUAGUGCUGUUCUCCAUAGCAUGACACACUUGUUUCCAAGUAGCUUACUGCAGGCUGUCUGGAGCUGAACCCUCGAGCCUAAAGCAUUGUUUCAGAGGGGUUCAGCUCGCAGCAAGCUGUCCAAUUGCUCAGUAAAGUGUCUGUCAUUGGGCUGUCCUGCCUCCAGACUGAACAGAGAUGCCUCUCCUCUUGUUUUCUCCUGCAAAUUUAAAUGACUGACAAGAGUUAAGUCUUGCUGGGUGCUGCCUUCAUGGGUUACUUGGAUGUAUACACACACAUUGUUUUGUAACUCAGUAACAUGUAAGUUGCUGUUUAGCAGUUUUAUUGUUAAAGUUGAGCACCUGUAACUAUAACCUUAAUAGUCCCAAACUGUUUCUGUGACUUUUCAUCCUUAUACUGUGAAUGUGCCUAUGUAUGUAUCCGCUGUGAUAAAAUCAGCAUCCCUGUUAUCAAGGUCAGUUGCUCUUAAGAGAGUACAGUGGACAGAGCCUCCUCCCACACAGCUCCAGGGUUGGACCUGAGUGGGGCGCAAAGGGAAUGAAAAGCAGACACACAGACACAGAAAGCUGGGGUCAUGUAGACUGGGCUCUCCUGUGGGGAAACUGCAGCUCCCAGGAAGGAAUGUGUUACGUGGAGUAGCAGAGUUGGUGCUACUGUACACAGAUGAACAAGGAGGCAGCGGUUACGGUGUGCAGCUGGGUCAAGGAGACAAGGAUGGCUAAUCUCCGUAAGAGCAGCCUCUGCAGGGAAACAGUCUUCGGGCUGUAAAUAUUGGGGGUAGGGAGGGGUGCUAUGGUGGACUUUUCUACAUAGUCCAUCAGCAUUCAUACUCAAGCCAGGAGGGCUUUGCCGUUCUUCCACGGGUCUGGAGCAAGGGUCCUUGACACAGCAGUACCCCUGUCAACAGCACACAUGCACUCAGGGCUUUCUUUGCUCCCUACAGGAUAGAGGUGAACUGAGAUACAGUACUGAAGAGAAACAGACCACCAAUGGCAGGUGUGAAUGUGUACCUCAACCCUUAGUUUCGGGGACACCUUUGCUCUAUUUGUGAAUUAGGGAGGUCACUUUGUAAAGCGUAGCUCUCGGAAAUAGGGCACAAUUUACUUAAAAAAAGAAAAGCCUGACAGUGGUGGGAUGGAAUCUAGCCUUGCUUGUACCUGUUGCCUGGAAAGCACUCUACCGCCAGGCUACAUCUGCAGCCUGCCCCACCCAAGCCAGAGUUGAAGCACUGAUCAAAUCACUCCCCCUAAAAGGGUAUAUGUGUCUAAGUCCGUUGUGUAGCUCAGAAUUCACCCCAAACUGUUCAGAACAGCUCUUCUAAUAUGUAUUUAAAAAUGGGGCUAGUGAUUAAACCUGGGGUAAAGUACUUGAAGCACAAGGCCCUGCGUUCAGUCCUCAGCUGUGUGUGUCAGUCAAAAGUCAUACUAAAGGAAUUCUAUGGCCCUAAAUGUUUUAAAAUGGAAUUUAGGGCUGAAGAGUUGGCUCAGCAGUUAAGAGCACUUGUUAUUCUUGCAGAGGACCUGGGUUCAAUUCCCAGCACCCACAUGGCAGCUCACAACUACCUGUAACUCCAGUCCCAGGGGAUCUGACUUCCUUGGGCACCAGGCACAUUAAUGCAUGCAGGCAAAACGUUCAUACACAUAAAUCUGUUUAAAAAGGAAUGUACUUUCAUGUUAUGGAACCAUGAUGAACAUGUGGCUGACAGCACACAGCACUGACGUUUGACACAGCAAUGACCUUCCUCAAGCUGCUUUCUACUGGUUGGUGCCUUCAGGGUUUCUUUGCAGUUUCUGUUGUGGCUAAAUAAAUACAUUGGAUUGCCUGAAACUUCUCGAAAUUAGCCUACAUACGUGCCUUAGCAGGUUGACGCAUAGCGUGCAUAACAUCAAACAAAAGUCAUCUUGAGAUGGACAAGAUUUUUAACAUUUUGCCAUGGCUCCUGCCUUGGCCUCUAACUGGGUCCACAGGCAUUCGCCACUGUGCCGCUUUCCUUGAGUAUUUUAAAGGCACACGUGCUUUUCUUAAACAAUGUGCCCACCAUGUGGUUGAGUAAACGCCUCAAAGUGCUGUUCAGCAAGGCCAUCUCCACCUGGAGACGGGCAAGCUUCAUUUUGGCAGCUGUGCUCCAUGUAAUAUCCCAGCCCCCAACUAGCUUGCACUUAGAAGUGAUACGCAUGUACUGUAUUGAAUUCCAAGUCCAUAAAUGCCAAGUGUUGGGGUCUGCUUCUUGAAGAGCGAGGCUCGUCAGUAGCUGUCAUUUUCAUUUAGACUUAGCAAGCUGAUUGAUGUGUUUCUGUUAAGGAAUUUUAAUCCAUUAAAAAGGAAGUGAACUAGCGCACGCCUGUAACCCUUUACUUGGGAGGCUGGGACAGAGGGAUCACUGAGAGUUGAGGCCAGUCACCAGGGCUAGCAGAUGGAAACCUUGUCCCAGGGUUGGAGAGAGAGAUCAGUGGUUAAACCUGCUUGCUAUUCUCACAGGGGGCCUGAGAACAGUUCCCAGUGGAGGUGGCUAACAACUGCCUGUAACUUCAAGGGAUCCAAAGCCCUCCUCUGGCUUCCUCAGACACCUGCACACACAUAAUUUAAAUCCUUUUUUAAAGGAAAAGAAAUCCUAUCUUAAAAACAACCAUAAAUAUGAUCAUUCUGUUGUUGAAAGUACUCGCCAAUCCUGUUGAUAAUUUAGAUUUAGUAGUAAAACUAAGACUUUGUUUUAGAAAUGAAACUAUUCAGGGAAAUUAUGUGGAUGUGAACAUCCUGUAUUUUAAACCAUUGACUAGCCUAGAAAAACUGAAUAAGCAAUCCCCCAGAUGGACCUGCCAUCAUUUCAAUAAGGAACAUUCUUUUAGAAUCUGCAGAUCAUAUCAGACUUGUACAAAUACUUAAGAACUGUGUCCAGAUGUUUUUUCUCUGGCCACUGUGGAAAGCAUGAUUUAAAAUGAUGUCUUAGCUUCCGUUAGAAAUGUAAGAGCCACCCACAGGUGAGUCUGUCAUUUGACAAAGAUGGUCUUCAGUCGGAUCCUGCGGCUCGUGACGCACACAGCAGCUCGCUCCUGCUUUUCAUUGGUUCAACAGUGCUCACAGGAGGUCAAAGUCAGCACUGUCAGCCGCAGACUGAUGGAGCAUCUUGUAUUUAGGAAAUAUUUUCCAUCUUCAGAGUUUUCUAAAAGUUUUUUUUUUUUCUUAAAUCCAAUGGCUGACUUUGUAAAACAGGUAUAAUAAUGUAGCAUCACAACUAGUAUGAAAUGUACCCAACAGAAUCUUCCAGCACAUGGUCUGUUAACUAGGACUAAAGUGGCACAGCGGGAGGUUGUGCAAGCCUUUCUGUCUUUAUACAGUGGUGCUCUAGCCUACCAUUUCUCACCCAAGAGGCUUCUCUUUGCACAUCUGCAUCGUCUCACUGAAGCCGUGAGAUGGCCCACACCUCAAGUGUGUCCUGAAGCUGAUUUAAGUACUUUCCUUCCUAUAAGGCACCUUAGAAAUGUCCUCAAGUAUUUUCCACAACGAAGCCAACUGACUAUGAAUGUCAGGCAUAUGUCUAAAGCUUUACUGUACAAGCAGAGGACUUGUGCCAGGAUUCAACAGUAUUCUGAGAUGUAACAGUGACUCACUCCUUUAUUUGUACAGUUGCUUGUGAAAUGUUGUAGUGAGCUGUUCCUGUAAUCUGUAAUCAAUAAAGUGCUUUUCAUCAUC